GAGAGACGGAGAGAGAGUGAGAGAGAGACAGAGAGAGCGAGGCUAACUCGGACAGGGAAUACUGGUGCCAUUUUCAGCGCAGGAGGGUCCAGCGUGAGACGAGCGGGAGGAGAGAGAGGCCGACAGUCUCUGCAGAGCCCACAGCCGGAGCCAUGCAGUCAUUCAGAGAGAGGAGCGGUUUCCACGGUAACCAGCACUGCUACCAGCAAGAGCCCCACCACGAGUCAGCAUCACGCCUGGAGGGCUACAGGCAUCACCACGGCGGGCGGCGGGGCUACGAGUCACACCCCCACACUGUUGCACCAGGGUCUAAAGACUGCUACAGCUUGCAGGCCUUUCCAGGCUAUGGUGCAGGGGACUCGGCCCCACCCAAGAAGCAGUACAAGGAGGGCAAGGUUUCUGUUUUGACCCAGCAGCAGCAGCACCUGCAGCAGACUGGCUACACCAAUCACAAUCACAUCAUGGGCCCCGCCUACCCAGCACAGUAUCUGAACGAGGGUAACCUGCAGCAGAAGUGGCCCGAUACCCCACACCUGCCCCACUAUGACCAAGAGGGAGGGACGGUGGGAACCCCCAGUGGGUCCCAAUACCUAGAGCAGAACAUGCUGGCUGUCCCCCAGGGCCAGUGCCCCCACAGCAGCCAGCAGCCCACACCUGUCUAUGGCAGCCACCACCAGCGACCCUUGCCACGUGACGCCUCCCCGUCCCCUGCUAUCCACAGCCAGGGACGCCUGCACUUCCCCCAGCAGCCUCAGCCUCUGCCCCUGCCAGGCCCCACCCAGGCCUACAUGGACAAGUGCAGCCCCCUACCCCACUGCUAUAAGGGCUACCCUGUGCCCCCUGCAGCCCAAUACAACAGGCAGCUUGGAGGCAGCAGUAGCAGUGCUGGUGGAGGACUCAAACCUAGCCCCUACCGUUCCCAGAACAGUUACGCCUACCCCCAGCCCCCAUCGCGAGCCGGGUAUGAGCAGCUGCAAGGACCACAGGGGAUGCCCGCAGCCCAGGAGGGCUUAUCAAAGUACCAACAUUUUGGUCAACUCCAGCAAAACUACUGCCUGUCAGAUGUGUCAGUGAGGUCACCUGAGCAGUACUACCAGAACUGCAGCCCUGGGUCUGGCCACUCUCCUGCCCGGUCCAUGGGGAGGUCCCCCUCUUACAGCUCCACCCCUUCCCCCCUGAUGGUCAGUUCUGAGUCCUUCCAGUACAGUCAGCAGCAGCAGCCCCCCAUUGUCUCCACAGGGCCUGCCCCCUCCUCUUCUUCUGCUUCCUCGUCCUCCUCUUCUGGUCUGCAGGAGCAGGGUUUGCUAAUUCCCCCGCACUCCCAUGCACCACAGAGCACAUCCCACCAGAAACCUAGCUAUACCACCACAGCUAAAGAGCGCUUCCCUGAGAAGCUGCUGUCCAACCCCAGCCUGUGGAGCCUGAAUGCGCUGACCUCACAGGUAGAGAGCAUCUCUAACAAUGUCCAACAGCUGCUUCUCUCUGAGGCCUUGGUGGGCAGCAGGAGGGCUAGCAGGCGAGGUGGGUCCAAGAAGGCUGAUGACUACAAGAGCCAACCACGUAUGCAUGAAGAUGCCUCUUGCUCAGACUCUCAGGACAGGGGGCCACAGCCAGAGGUCUAUGGGACGCCUCAGUCAACCCCUGCUGAGCUCCAGGAGCUGGGAUACUCCAGUAGCUCUGAUGAACAGCUGGAGAGAAGUUACUACUACUGUGGCCAGAGACAGACCAGGAGUCCAGUUGUGCCAGCUCCUGUCAACUCCCAACAUGCCCUGGAUGCUAUAUCCUCCUGCUCCUUGACCUCUCCGGACAACAUCUCGACAAAGUCAGAGGAUUCUCUCUGUGCCCUGCAGAGUGUGGAUGGUGCAGGAUCUGGGGCUGGGGUUCAGAGCAUUCUGCAUGGGGAGUGUCUUGACUCCAUGCCCCAACUUGCCACCACACAGACUGGGGGGAAUGGCAACGUUACCCAGGUGAAGAAUGUAGGAGAGGAGGUGGUGUCCCUUCAUGGUGGUGUGGUCAUUCCCAGCCCCAUCAGACCCCAUCAGUGCUCUUCACUUGACAUGCAUAGCCUGAGAGAAACACUCAAGAAGAAUAUUGAGGAGUCUGCCUGGUCUCUUGUUGAAGAAAAGGAGGCUGAUAAGGAGAAGGGGACCAUAGGUCAUGACAUCCGGCCUGAGGUUACCAAUCGGCAGCAACAAGGGGACUGGCCAGAUGAUGAGAAAUGCCCGUCUGUCUUCCACAAGGUAGACAAAGUUCCAAUGUGCAAAAACUUCCCCAGUGACUUGGAGGAUAACAUAUACCAUGACCUACAGAGCCAGUACUACUCUGAUCAGAGUGAGCGAGCCAGUAAGGCCAGCCAUGCCUUGGGCUACAGCUGUGACAAGGACAUUGUCCCCGAAGUGAAAUCAGAAACUUACAAGUCAGAAGCGCCCACUGACUAUGACACCCUUGAGAAGACAGACCCCUUUAUCUGGAGGGAUGACCUCAGACAUCAGGAACAAUAUUUGCCAGCAAAAGAGGAAGACACAGGGCAGCAUCAGCAGUUUGGCUCUGGGGUUGAGCAUUUUGAAGAGAAGCUACUCUCAGUUAUAGGGGACGAAAAACAGGAGAUUCCAGAAGAGCAGUGCCCCGUCCCCCAUGAUCAGAUGGCUCCUGAAGAGAGACUGGAGAACAGGAACUCUCCAUCCUCACAAAAUGGUGUUAGUGGCAGACUGCUGUCUUGCGAUGUGGGAGAGAUCCACGGUUCGGCCAAGGAGCCAGGUGACGAGCAGCAACCCGGUGUGAAUGCUGCAGGGACAGAAUCGGCAGUUGGUGAGAAGAGGCCGGCAAUCCGAGAGAACUUGACCUCGUCAUAUUCCACAGAAACAGUGUUUCCAUUACAAGGUGAGCAGGCUGUGCCUGCAACACAGGUGAGGGGCCACAUUGAGCACCGUGAUGCGGAGGUACUGGAGCCAGACUCCCCCCAGCUCCCAGGGAAAUCAGUCAUGCACCCUGCCCCAUCCUGGGCUGACACACCUCCCUCUCCAAAAAAAGGUGAUGAUGAUAUUGAGCCGGGGAUAAGCUGCCCAAGUGCAGUGAUGCCCUCACCCUCUGCAAAGUCUGAGCCUGUUGCCCUGUCAUCGAACCUAGGGGCCCUCCAUAGGAAGCACACGCGAGGCAGGAGGGGCCGCCCUGGCAGGCCGGCGCAUAUAGGUGCUCGAAUGCAUGCACUUGUCACCACUGAGGAUAAAGAGGUCUCCACAGUCACUGCAUCCAGCAAAGUUAUGCUUUUUCCUGAUGAAUCAAUAGGCAUUAGCAGCAAAGAUAUCUGCAGCCAGACACCCAAGAUUUCAGCAUCAGAGGGCUUCCCUUCUAGGAUGAGAACCCGUUCUUUUACCACACAGGCAAUACCCAAGGUCUGUGCUCACCUGAAACGGCGUCCUGGCCCAAAGCCCUCUGUGGACUGUCCUGCCACCAAUCCCCCACCUCCUCCUAACUGCCCAAUAUCCAAAAUCAAGUGCAUGAAGCAGAGGGACCUUGUAAAAGAUACAUGGGGUCCCACAAAGGCCAAGAGGGGACUGGGCUUGACCAGUCAACCAGAUGAAAAUCAGGACACACCUAGCCUUCCAGUGGUGCUUCCUGCUAAAGACCAGAAGUCCAUGGUGCUUCCUGCUAAAGACCAGAAGUCCAUGGUGUUGAGGUCCAGGAAACAGACAGAGGAUAUACCAGUGAAGGAGAAAGAGAAGAAGGGUACUGUGUGUGGUUCCCCAAAAAAGCCAAAAGAAACUAAGAAACAGAAGGUGAUCUCUUCAAAUGACCAGGAUGGUGUGAUCUCAAAGCCUAACCUUAGCAACACCUUAACACUUGGCAAGUUGACAAAGGCUGUACCUCCAGUUAGCAAGCGAAAAUCUAGCUGCCAAUCUCCAGUGCCCUUGAAAAAACAGAGGGGGGUGAAAGUCAAAAAGAUGAAGGCCCAUGAGCCUCCCAUAGAAACCAAGGUAAUAGGUGUGAGAGGCCCCAAGAGGAAGCUAAAAGGAGGGGAACAUCUUAAAACAUCCUUUCUUACCAAAGAUCCUCCUCUUCUCACCAGUGACAUAGCAGACUUAUCCAGUGUACCACCUCAACAUCCUACAAAAACGAAGUAUCUACCACCAAGGAAAGGUCGAGGUCUAAAGUACGAGGCUAUGGUUCAAAAGAUUACAUCACCGGGAUUGAAAAAACAAGUUCUAAACCCUCAAGUUGAAGAUGUAGUACAGGGAGAUCCAGCGCCAAAGGCAGCCACCAGCACACUGCAGACUUUGAAAGAGAAGGAGAUGCCAACACCUGUGGAGGUAAAAGUGGAAGAAGGCGGAGACUCAUGGAGUGUUGCCACAGGAAGAGAAGUUGAGGCAUGCAUCAAGGGUGCAACUGUUGGGAGAAGGCGAGGGCGGCCAGCAGAGCCCAGGGAUCGACCUGAAGUGCCAUUAGAUCCAGUUCCGGAGGCCACAAGCCUCAUCCUAAACAUGCCAAGAUUGGCCAAGCAAAGGGCGAUCAAAAACAACCGGGAGAUGCACCUGAAGCAGAGGAGAAGGAGAAAGAAAGGUCCCCCCAGUGCUGAGCAGCAGGACCCAACUUCUGUACCACCGCCUCUCUCUACUCUGCCCCCUGACCCCACCCAUACUAUUCCCCUUGACCCUGCCGCUCCCAUCUGUACAGAGCAGAUGACAGAGGCACCGCAGACCACCACCAUUCCCACUACCAGUGUCUGUAAGAGAGGGCGACCCCCAAGGCUACCUCCGAUGAAAAGGGGAUGUGGGAAAGGAUUCGGCAAACAGAACAGCAAAAAGGCAGUUGCUGUCACAAUAACAGGACCUAAAAAGAAACUAAAACAGAACACAGAGACCUUGAGUGUCAAGACUACACAAAAAGUGCACAAACCCAAAGUGAGACACAGAAAAUACUGCAUCACUCAUAUUGUUGACACCACUGCUGAGGAGGACAAAUGGCCAGAGGUUCCUCUAAAAGGCAAAUCACAAGAAAGCAAAAGAGUCACCAGAAAAUCCUUCAAGCCUUAUGUGUGCAUUGACAGCUCAGAUGAAUUGCCCUCCCACUGCGUCAUCAUCAACCGACCCGAGGAAGAGAUGCACCUUCUCCAAGACCGAAGAAGGAGGAAGAAGUCCUCUGUGAAUGUAACGGCUACCUCCAACCUAGCAGCAGCGCCAAGCUUCUGCCACGCAAUGCUGCAGGGCCCCCUGGUCAAUGCUGGGCUGUCUGGUAGGUCUCUGACCUGCUGCUUGUGUGGCAAACCAGCAAACUACCGGGAGCUAGGAGACCUAUGUGGGCCAUAUUACGAAGAGGACAGCGUGCCUAGAAAGGCCCUGUCCUUCACGCUCAAAUUGGAGCAUGGAGAAGGUGGAGAGUUGGCAGGGGAAAGUGGCACAGUGGUUCCGAACACCAGCCCACCAAAGAGUGACAGCUUCAAGAACCCAGGCAGGUGGGGUCGGGGUAGCCCUGGGAAGCUCAGAAGGAUGGGGAGGGUGUUGGGGGUGGGCAGGACGAGGCGCCCCAGUUUCCGGGAGCAGUACAGGAGGCUGCGGCUGCUCCAGGGGGAGGGGCAGGGAUGGGGCCGGGCUGGGCUGCGGACGCUGCAGAUGGAGGCAGAAGCCAAGGAGCACUGGGCCCAUGAGGCAUGUGCCGUUUGGACCAGGAAGGUGAUGCUGAUUGCCGGCAAGCUGUAUGGGCUGACGGAGGCCACACAGGCUGCCGCCCAGAUGUGCUGCUCAGCAUGUCAGAAUGUGGGUGCGUCCAUCAGCUGCUGCAGGGAAGGCUGCCCCCAGAUAUUCCACUUCGUCUGUGCCAAAGACAUAGGUUGCUUAUUUCAUGAAGACAACUUUUCAUUAACAUGUGUGGAACACAAGGAUAUGUAAAAUAAAUUUGAAAAGAUUUGCCUUGUGAACAUCUCCUAUGCAGUGCUACAAUGGACAUUACGUGACAUAAGCUCUGCUGAAGGAAUCAACCUGGAGUGCACAGCUCUGCUGAGAAACGCCAAGACUCAGAGUGUCCCUGAAAUACCACUGCAGAAACCCAACGAGCCACGUUUCCAACAAGGCCACUUUGUGCUAUCCCCCAUCCAAUGUGGAAAGGGGAGGACAUUUGUGUCGGCCACUUCAGAAGAAGAGAAGCAGAGAAGACAUUAGUGUGGGUCAUAGCCAGUUUAAAAUACAAAUGUGCCACUCUGGAGUCGAUUUCCAUUUGGUACAGCCACAGUUACACAAGGAUUAGGCUCCAUCUGGCCUUGACUCAGAUACAUUGGAUUGAAUACUUUGACCUGUUAGAUGCCAGUAAAAAUUCCUGCAGAUUACGGAAAUAUCUUCACCGGUUAUUCAGUUUUUGUAUGAUUCUCAGUUUUGUUGAAAAUCGCCAGGAGAUCUGCAGGAGAGUUGUAGUAGUAUCUGGAGAGUUAAAGUAUAUCUUAUGUAUUUGACCUUGGUCUGUUCAUCAAUCCCCCCCCCCCAGGUUUUAGCAGAUAUCAGUAUUUUGGAAUUACUGUGCUCAGAUUCGCUCUGAUAGCAAGAUGUCACAAAUCCGUACUCACUGGAUGUAUUUCAAUGUAUGCUUGAGUGUUAUAAUGUACAUGGCGUGCUCUAAAACAAGUAAAUAUUCUGAUAUUUAACUAAAGGUAUUUUACUAUAUAAUGCUCUUCCAACAUGUAUUUUGAUGUGCAUUUGCAGAUGUAAGGACUUCAUAUCAGUAUCUGUUCGGCGUGAAUAUUUCUAAAACUCGAGUUUUAAUCUUUAGUGAGCCCCAGGCGAGGCCCACGAACCAUCACCAGGGUAGUGUCCUCAGACUUUCUGCGCUGUAGUUGAAAACUUGCAACCGAAGUCCUAGUUUCUGCACCGUGCUCUUGACCUUCAUGUCAUUUGUACCACUUAUGGUGAGCUCGAUGGUGUACACAUCUCUGUUGAGGAUUGAGAUGGGUCAUGGUCCAUAUUCUCAUACAGUGCUGCGAAUCACCUUUGACCUUUGUUUUUUGGGGCACAAAAUGAUGUAACUGAUCACGUUGCAUACACCUCAGUUAGGUAUAGGUAUGACCGUAAAAGUCAUGAGUUUUAAGACAUUGCAUCCGGCGAUCUCUACAAUUUUCAGUUCUGACCUUCAUUAUUUAAUGGUGUAUAUAAGUAUUUGAUCCUGUUUAAAUGUAAGAUGUGAUGUACUUAAAUAAUUGUGUAUAGUAUUUCUUAGAGAUGUUUAUUUUCUAUAAAGUAAAUGUCAUUGACUAUAAAAGAAAAUGUUAUU